AAAAAAAAAACAAGAAUAAAUGACAACUAACCUUCCUUUUAUAUCGAAGAAUAAGAACUAGUAAAAAAUGAUUAUAUUAUUAGUGUGGAAAUGAAAGCUGUAACUUGGUAAAAAGAUUCUCAUGGUUUGUUUGAUUAUGAGACUAAAUCUUUAAGCGUUAAAAAACAUAGAGUUGAAGGAUCAUGCAAAGUUAGUAGAGAAGGUUUGAAAGUGUUAAUAUAAUAAUAGAGAAUGAAAUAGUUAUAUAAGAUGGAAAGGCGAAGGAUGAGGCACACUUACCUCUAACAUCCAUUUAAGCUUAAGGAGGUAUAUAAUAUUUAUUAUAAUUCAGACCAAUAUUUUAUUUAACCGAAUUAAAACACAACAGAAAAUGAAAAUUAUUUGAUUGUUCGUAGUUUAAAAAAUGCUGAUGGAGUUUAAAAGGUAUUUAAUUAUAUAUUACAGUAUAGGGUUACACAUUAUAAGAAGGUGAUCUUCUUAAAUUAGGAAGAGUUGAAUAUCAUGUUAUCGAAAUUAGAGAUAGUAAGGGUUAAAUAAAAACAGUUAAGGAUGUAUUUUAAUCAGAAGCUAAAAUUACACCAUCUAUAGAUGGAAGUGUAAUUUAAUAAUGCAAAAUAUGUUUAAAUGAAGAAGAAACUCCAGAAGAUCCUUUCAUUACUCCAUGUAAAUGUAAUGGAAGUUGUGCUUAUGUUCAUUUCAAUUGUCUUAAAUAAUGGUUAGAAAGUAGAGGUUAUAAAAAAGAAUCUGGUAAUACUAUAUCAUAUAGAUGGAAAAAGUAUUAAUUAUUUCAUUUCUAAUUUAGAUUAGAGUGUGAAGUAUGUUAGGAAUUAUUACCUCAAUAAAUUAGAUUCAAAGGAAAGGUUUUAGAUUUGGCUGCUUUAGAAAGACCUAAUCAACCUUACAUAAUUCUUGAAAAUACAUAAAUAUCUGAAAAAGAUAAAAAAGCAUAAAGAGGAAUCUAUUUGAUUAAAGGAACUCCAGAUGAUUAAAUCAAAUUAGGCAGAGGACAUUAAUGUGAAAUUAGAAUAUCUGAUAUUUCUGUAUCUAGACUACAUGCUUUUAUUAAAUAUGAAAAAGGCAAUUUUGUUAUAGUUGAUAAUAAUAGUAAAUUCGGUACUUUAGUUCGCCUUUAAACUCCAUAUCUUAUAUGCAUGGAUAAAAUUGCAAUUUAAGUAUAUUCUUAUAUACUAUUUUAAGGUUGGAAGAACUGUUUUGACAUUUGUUAUGAAAUCCUUUUAAAGUCUUAAUCCAAAUAUACAUGGUGCCGGUGUUUUAACUGUUCAUCUCAAUGAUUAAUAAAGGGCUGCCUUAUAAAGUGGCCAACCUGGAUUUUAUCAAGGACCAAGCAAAACAUAAAAUAAUAGUAAUAAUAACAAUAACUAGAAAAAGAAUGAAAAGCAUUCUGGUUGA